GUGAGAGGAUGAUUGUGAGAGGAUGAGGGUGAGAGUGUUACAGUUACAGUCUGUGAAGAUGUUUUUUUUUUAGCUUCAAGCUAACGCGAUCCACGAUGCUGACGUGCUAACUGUGACUGAAGCUAAGCUAACGGUUAGCCGGCUGGCUGAUCUGUAAACAGUGUUUGUUAACGUUACGUUAACGUUACGUUAACAUUAUUCUAAAUAUGCAGUUCACUGAACGAACACAGGUGUCGCUGCUAAAGAGUUUCCUGAACGUUACACAGAAAACGUUUAAGUAACGUUGUGACUGAUGUGAUGUGUGUGUGUGUGUGUGUGUGUAAAGAAGCGUCUGUUACUCAUCUCUCAUUUAAACAGUCGGUGCUGCGUUCGAGGCCCUUGCUCUUCUUUUUUAGACUGUGUAUCCAUGGAAACGGGCUAAAGCUCCUCUCAGUGUGUGAGUGUGUGUGAAGAGACAACGUCAUGUGUGCCCACACACGGUCAUGUGAUCAGCACAGAGGCUGUCAGCUGUUCGACAGCAGGUUCUGUUCUGACCCGAUCAGAGGGGCAGGCUUUCCCAGAAUGCCCCUCUUCCUACUCUGUGGGGGGGUGAGGUUCAGUGGUGCGUUCAGGGCCGCAUGCUGACGUCACUCGGCAGCGCCGCAGUCGCUCCUGAGAUGAAUGCACAAUAUUCAAAUGUACUUGGACCUCUCACGCCCACCUGUGGAUGCAGGUCUGAGAUUUCAAUUAUCAACAAAUUAAUUAAAAUAAUCACAUGACAUCAUCAUCAGAUCAGAAACUUUACUGAUCUACACACACACAGAGUGACAGGCAGCCACACUGAGCAGCGGCCUGGGAGCAGUCAGGGGUCAGGUGCUCGAGGGCACCUUGGUAGUUCCCAGGAGGUGAACUCGCACCUCUGCAGUCCACCCUCCCUACAGACUGAGAUACUGCUGCCACAAACUGGACUUUUCCAGGACAUGUUGAGUGCAGAUGUAACAUGUUGCCGUCUCUGAAUGUUUUUAUAGUUUCAUUAAUUUAUUUUACAACAUAAUUCUUUUUUCGGUGACACGUUUGAAUCAGACGUGUGCUCAGAGAAACAUGUAACAUGUUAAUGAAACUUCAUCAUCCCUGAACACGUCCUUGAAAAGGCCUGGAAAAGGAUCUGUGAUUGUAUACUCCUCCACCUCAUCUGAACGUCCGGCAGGUGGUACAGUGACAUCACAGGUGCUGAUAUGACGUUGACGUUGACGCUGAUGUGACAUUGACGUUGACGUUGACGUUGAUGUGAUGUGCUGAGGGAUUUCAGCUGCGCAUUUAGUCCACUGUUUACGGUCAGAGAGAUCUCAACUGCGCGUUUAGUCCACAGUUUACGGUCAGAGAGAUUUCAGCUGCGCGUUUAGUCCACACUUUACGGUCAGAGAGAUUUCAGCUGCGCGUUUAGUCCACCGUUUACGGUCAGAGAGAUUUCAGCUGCGCGUUUAGUCCACAGUUUACGGUCAGAGUGAUUUCAGCUGCGCGUUUAGUCCACAGUUUACGGUCAGAGAGAUUUCAGCUGCACGUUUAGUCCACAGUUUACGGUCAGAGAGAGAGAGUGCGGUGGAGAGAGCAGUAUCAUCAAUGGUGCGUUCACGGUCCGUCCAUCAGGCUCCAUCAUGUCUCAGUGACCGACACACGAACGCGUUAAUCCGAGUCUGUUGGACCAGAGUCCCGCCACGGACAGCAGAGAGACCCAGCUCCGUCCUGACAGCUCCGGCGGACCGAGCGGUGUUCUGCGCGGAGCGGAGCAGAGUGCGCGGUGUGUGCGGUGUGUGCGGAGAGCGCGGUGCGGUGCGGGCUGUGCGGUGUGAGGCUCCGGUCUGAUGUCUCUGCCCGUUAAGAACCUAAAGUGUCUGUCUCCGGUCAUGUGCCAGUGUAAGGUCAUCUGCAGUAACCGGACUCUGUCGCUCAUGUUCGGCUGCAAGAAGUACAGGUAUCAGGAUGAGGAGACGCCCCCCUUGGAGCACAGUCCAGCUCACCUGGCUCCGGGCAAAAGUGCUGAGAUGCUUCAUAUGAGCGACAAGAACCUCGCCGCCAUGGAGGCCAUCCACGGAUACACGCCACACACACACAUCUCACCUGUCAAGCCUGUGUUGAUGUCGACAGGACACACUCCGAUGUACACCUCCGCCGUUUCUACACUGGGGAACACUCCUCCCGUGGUCGUGAACACCGACACGCUCGAUGGAUCUCCAUACGUGAACGGGACUGAAGGAGAGAUCGAGUAUGAGGAGAUCACGCUGGAGAGAGGGAACUCGGGCCUCGGCUUCAGCAUAGCAGGAGGAACAGACAACCCUCACGUGGGCGACGACCCGAGUAUCUUCAUCACCAAAAUCAUCCCCGGAGGAGCCGCGGCCCAAGAUGGACGCCUCAGCGUGAACGACUGCAUCUUGUUCGUGAACGACGUGGACGUCCGCGAGGUGACGCACAGCCAGGCGGUGGAGGCUCUGAAGGAGGCCGGCGCCAUCGUCCGACUCUACGUCCUCCGCAGGAAACCGGCCGCCGAGAAGGUCACCGAGAUCAAACUCAUCAAGGGGCCCAAAGGGUUAGGGUUCAGCAUCGCGGGAGGAGUCGGGAACCAACACAUCCCCGGAGACAACAGCAUCUACGUGACGAAGAUCAUCGAGGGAGGAGCGGCGCACAAAGACGGACGGCUGCAGAUCGGAGACAAGAUAUUAGCGGUGAAUAACGUGUGUCUGGAGGACGUGAUGCACGAGGAUGCGGUGGGAGCUCUGAAGAACACGGCUGAGGUGGUUUACCUCCGGGUGGCCAAGCCCAACAACCUGUACCUGACCAACAACUACAACCCACCGGACCUCACCAGCACGUAUUCUCACAUGGACACGGAGCUCAGCCACCCCAACUAUCUCGGGUCAGAUUACCCACAAGCCCUCACUCCCACCUCACCCAGUCGGUUCUCUCCUGUCCUGCACGGCAUGAUGGGAGAUGAUGACAUCCCCAGGGAGCCUCGCAGGGUUCUGAUCCACCGCGGCUCCACGGGUCUGGGCUUCAACAUUGUUGGCGGCGAGGACGGCGAGGGGAUCUUCAUCUCGUUCAUCCUGGCGGGCGGACCGGCUGACCUCAGCGGAGAGCUGCACAAAGGGGACCAGAUCCUCAGCGUGAACGGCGUGGACCUCCGGAUGGCCACGCAUGAACAGGCGGCGGCGGCGCUGAAGAACGCCGGACAGACAGUGACGAUCAUCGCUCAGUACAGACCCGACGAGUACAGCCGGUUUGAGGCAAAGAUCCACGACCUGAGAGAACAGCUGAUGAACAGCAGCAUGGGCUCCGGCACCACGACUCUGAGGAGCAACCCGAAGAGAGGCUUCUACAUCAGGGCGCUCUUUGACUACGAUAAGACGGCAGACUGCGGCUUCCUCAGCCAGGCGCUGGGCUUUAAGUUCGGGGACGUCCUCCACGUGUUGGACUGCGGGGACGAGGAGUGGUGGCAAGCCCGUAAGGUCAGCCCUCAGAAUGAGGCUGAGGAGGUCGGCUUCAUCCCCAGCAAGCACAGGUCAGACACACUGGUGGAGAGGAAAGAGUGGUCUCGUGUGAACACCAAAGAGAGGGAUCACGGCCGAGACAGCCUGAGCACUCAAGGCAGAGAUAAAACCUCUCACAGUUAUGAGACGGUUACCCAGGUGGAAGUGCAUUACGCGAGGCCCAUCAUCAUCCUCGGGCCUGUCAAAGACCGGAUCAACGACGACCUGCUGUCUGAGUUCCCUGAUAAGUUUGGAUCUUGUGUCCCGCACACCACGCGGCCUAAGAGGGAGUACGAGGUGGACGGGCGGGACUAUCACUUUGUGUCGUCACGGGAACAGAUGGAGAAGGACAUCCAGAGCCAUCGGUUCAUCGAGGCGGGCCAGUACAACAGUCACCUGUACGGUACCAGUGUCCAGAGCGUCCGCGAGGUGGCUGAGCAGCAGGGGAAGCACUGCAUCCUGGACGUGUCGGCCAAUGCCGUGCGGAGACUACAGGCCGCUCAGCUUCAUCCCAUCGCCAUCUUUGUCCGGCCCAAGUCCCUGGAGAACGUCCUAGAGAUCAACACUCGCCUGACGGAGGAGCAGGCCAGGAAAGGGAUGGACCGAGCCCUCAAAUUAGAGCAGGACUUCCUCGAGUGUUUCUCAGCUGUGGUGGAGGGCGACAGCUUCGAGGAGGUCUACCAUAAAGUGAAGUCGGUGAUUGAGGAGCAGUCAGGGCCUUACAUCUGGAUCCCGACCCGGGAGAGGCUGUGAUGCUGCACCCGGCUCGCCGCCCCCUCCUCCCUCCAGACCACCAACCGACGCCACCCUCCACCCUGACGGCCGAGCCAGCCUCUCCCACCCGUCCGUCCUCCAGCAGAGUCGGCGAGAGACGAACGAAGACAAACAGGAAGUGACACCUCAAGGCGAUGGAACGAAAGCGACUCUGAGGCAGACGGGAUCGCUGACGUGUAAUUAGAGACUUCAUCAGUGUUUAACGAGCGCCGUUCACACCUGGCAUCAAAACGCAGCUGAACAGCUGAUUCAAACAGGAAGUGAGGCGUUCUGAUGUCACGUGUGAACCAUGUGACGUCCACACCGCGAUGAGGACGAGGUCUGUCCAGGACCGGAGAGACAGCAGAGGGUGACCCAGCAGGGAUGGACCACCUCACCGCCGCUCCUGCCUCCUCUCAAGUCAUGAAACACCUCCACCUGAGACGGAGGCUCCGCCUUUUUAUAUCUCCUCCUCCUCCUCCUCCUCCUCCUCCUCCUCUGCCUCCUUCAGGACAGGAAAGGGGGACGACCGAGGAGCUUGGGCGCCCCGAUCCUGCUGAGUCUGUCCUGGCGAGGAGUCCUUUUUCUCAUGGACCUACUCGCGGGUCAGGACUCGUUCUGCUCCCUCGGCUCUGUGUUGAAUAUUCGCGAGGCAUUAUUUAACGAUUUAACGGCCGUUUGAAUAAUUAUUAAAACUCAUAUGCUGAAUCUGUGCAUGCAUCGAAGACGACGGAGACACGAGUGUCCGACCUCCGACAUUUGGACGAGGUCUUUAGCAUGUCUCAUGACUGAAGAAGAAGAAGAAGAAGACGGUCACAUGA